UUUUGUGGCAACUCAUCUUUUGACUCAAGUUUUAUAAGACACUUUUUCUCCUUUGCAUAAUUAAUGUCUUAUAGCUACUUCCCCAUUAGUUGCCAAAGAAAGAUGGAGUACAACACCCAAAACUCUAAUAAAUCUGAGCAAAUAAGAUGGAGCUCAGAUGAUAUAGGUGGUCCUGGUCAAGUUAGAUCUUAUUCUUGUACUUUUUGCAAGAGAGGAUUCUCUAAUGCACAAGCAUUAGGAGGACACAUGAAUAUUCAUAGAAGGGAUAGAGCUAAACUCAAACAAUCUUCUGAAGAAAAUUUGAUUUCCUUAGACAUCUCAACAAAAAACACAAAUGAGCAUGUUGAUUUGGAAUAUAAUCAUGAAAAUCAAAGGGGAAAGUUAAUUAACAUAACAAAAGAACUUCCUUUUGUGGACAUAAAAGGAAGUGGUGUUAUGGCUCAUAGGAUUGAAGACAAAAAAGGUGAUUUAGACCUUGAGCUUAGGUUAGGUUUUGAGCCAAUGGAUUCAUCAACAUUGAGCACUCGAUCAUUCUUUUGAGUUGCAUGCCAAUUGGAAAAUCAGCAAAAGAUAUAUAUGAUCUGGAGUUUCUGUUGGCGUAAUACUUGAGAAGCUUUUCGUUGUUCAGAAAGAAAAAAAAAAGACAAAAAAAGAAGAAGCUUUUUGUUGGUUUAUUAAUAUGAUCAUGUUAUAUUUGUUAUUAUGUUUAAAUUUUAAGCAAUAGAUGCCGAAGUAAUUGCAAGAUUGUUUGUACUCAACAUUUAUUUUAGGGAUUUGUAAAAAAAAAAUUGUUUUAGGGAACAAUGAAGAUAAUUAUAUAAACAGUGAUAUCAUAUGGACUCAGGUUUUGUA